AUAUUGUUGUUAUUUGGCUGCGUUUCAGGUAUCAAGCCUCGUCCCAAGUUCACGGCGAUCAUCCAUGCUGUGACUCCCCUGGUCUCCCAGUCUCAGCCCAUCCUCAAGCUACUGGUGGCUGUCGCCAAGUCCCAGUAUUGUGUCCAGGUGAUCAUCCUAUGGAACUGUGACAAGCCCCUCCCGGCCAAACACCGCUGGCCUGCCACCGCCGUACCUGUCCUAGUCAUAGAUGGGGAGAGCAAGGUGAUGAGCAGUCGUUUCCUGCCCUAUGACACAAUACCAACAGACGCCGUUCUGAGUCUGGACGAGGAUACAGUUCUCUCUACUACUGAGGUGGACUUUGCUUUCACGGUGUGGAAGAGUUUCCCAGAGAGGAUUGUGGGAUACCCGGCCAGGAGUCAUUUCUGGGACAGCAACAAGGAGAGGUGGGGUUACACCUCCAAGUGGACCAACGACUACUCUAUGGUCCUGACAGGAGCUGCUAUAUACCACAGAUACUACCACUACCUGUAUACCAGUUACCUGCCGGCUAGUCUGAGGGGCCUGGUGGACCAGCUGUCGAACUGUGAAGACAUCCUGAUGAACUUCCUGGUGUCAGCCGUCACCAAGCUGCCGCCCAUCAAGGUCACCCAGAAGAAACAGUACAAGGAGACUAUGAUGGUGCAGACCUCUAGAGCGUCUCGGUGGGCCGACCCAGACCACUUUGCCCAGCGGCAGAGCUGCAUGAAUAAGUUUGCCAGCUGGUUUGGCAGCAUGCCCCUGGUGCACUCUAAUAUGCGUCUGGACCCGGUGUUGUUUAAAGACCAGGUGUCCAUACUGAGAAAGAAAUACAAGGACAUAGAGAGACUAUAACCAGCCUGAUCCUCUCUGUCUUCAUGGUGGAGUGGAGAGGGACAGAGAGAGACUAUAACCAGCCUGAUCCUCUCUGUCUUCAUGGUGGAGUGGAGAGGGACAGAGAGAGACUAUAACCAGCCUGAUCCUCUCUGUCUUCAUGGUGGAGUGGAGAGGGACAGAGAGAGACUAUAACCAGCCUGAUCCUCUCUGUCUUCAUGGUGGAGUGGAGAGGGACAGAGAGAGACUAUAACCAGCCUGAUCCUCUCUGUCUUCAUGGUGGAGUGGAGAGGGACAGAGAGAGACUAUAACCAGCCUGAUCCUCUCUGUCUUCAUGGUGGAGUGGAGAGGGACAGAGAGAGACUAUAAACCAGCCUGAUCCUCUCUGUCUUCAUGGUGGAGUGGAGAGGGACAGAGAGAGACUAUAAACAGCCUGAUCCUCUCUGUCUUCAUGGUGGAGUGGAGAGGGACAGAGAGAGACUAUAACCAGCCUGAUCCUCUCUGUCUUCAUGGUGGAGUGGAGAGGGACAGAGAGAGACUAUAAACAGCCUGAUCCUCUCUGUCUUCAUGGUGGAGUGGAGAGGGACAGAGAGAGACUGUAACCAGCCUGAUCCUCUCUGUCUUCAUGGUGGAGUGGAGAGGGACAGAGAGAGACUAUAAACAGCCUGAUCCUCUCUGUCUUCAUGGUGGAGUAGAGAGAGACUACAACAAGCCUGAGACCCCUGCUGCCUCCUGGAAGGACAGGAGAGUAGUGGGAUGGGAGACACACAGAGACCCUCCCAGAGAGAAGGGAGGAACAGGAGAAGAAACGAGAGGAGAGGACAGGGCGCUGUGGAGCCAGGACGCCACUGUUGACCCUCCCAGAGAGAAGGGAGGAACAGGAGAAGAAACGAGAGGAGAGGACAGGGCGCUGUGGAGCCAGGACGCCACGGUUGACCCUCCCAGAGAGAAGAGAGGAACAGGAGAAGAAACGAGAGGAGAGGACAGGGCGCUGUGGAGCCAGGACGCCACGGUUGCGUCUUCCACCCACACUCUCCAUCCUUGUACGCUGUUGCUGGUGCCAACAGUGGUAACCGUGACAACCCGGGCUGUAUUUUGGUAGGAGCUGUACACAGACAGAAAACUAGUUCAUGCACAAAUGACAACAUGGACGUCUGGGGGUUCCACGUUCUUCCCCUCACAAGCACUGGUGAACCACUAUAAUCACACAGCCCCCGCCUAGUCAGCACCCACUAUUAUAACAAUAUAUACUAUCUAACACAACCUUUUAUGCAAAGACACAAACAUUUUACUUCUGGGUGGUCCCAGGAAUCGAACCCACUAUCAAGACGAACACCCACAGUCAUCAAUAAAGACUCUCUUCUUUGUC